CUGUGACGUGGUCAUGUGGAGAUAUACCAAGAGACGGGCGAGGUGUCGAGGCAGGGGGACUGCGGCGUUAUGGUGCGGGCCAGGCCACAGAGGAAUACGGGCAACGAAUUCACUAUAGGAGCCUUUAGACAUUCUGAAAUACUGUAUAAUUCUUCCGUGGACAGUUGGACCCACCGUUGUUCGCUUGUCUCGAAGCUCUCCAUAAUCAUUAAUUUCCCAUUUUCAAUUAAGAAGAGAGAUUGAGACACCGACAGCAGUUGCUGGUACUCCUAAAAAGUUGCAGUGGGGGGAGUGAAGAAGACAUGACGGAUUAUUAUGAUGUCCUGGGAGUGUCACGAAGCGCCUCUCCGGAGGACGUUAAGAAGGCGUACAGGAAACAGGCUCUGCGAUGGCAUCCGGACAAGAACCCAGACAACAAGGAGGAGGCAGAGAGGAAGUUUAAGGAGCUGGCUGAGGCCUAUGAAGUUCUGUCAGACCGGAGAAAACGAGAGGCGUAUGAUACCUAUGGCAAAGACCGAAUUCCCAACAACACAGGCUCCAGUAGCCAUCCCACUCCAGAAGACUUCCCAGGGUUCACCUUUACAUUCCGGAGUCCAGAGGAAGUGUUUCAGGAAUUCUUUGGAGGCCAGGAUCCUUUUGCAAAUUUCUUCGAUGACUUUGCCUUCGGAGGAGGGAUGCACAGUGGCUUCCAUGGACAUCCUGGCACUUCGAGGCUCGGCCCAAGCCGGUUUUUCUCCUUCCCCUCUGCUGGAGUGCACGACUUCACCUCUUCCUCGUCCUCCAUGGCUGGAAUGGAUUGGGUGGACAGCAUCGGAGGAGGGAUGGGGAAUUUCAAGUCUGUCUCCACCUCUACGCGUGUCAUCAACGGCAAACGCACCGCCACCAAGAAGAUCAAAGAAAACGGUCAGGAGAGAACAGAGAUCGAGGAAGACGGGGUCUUGAAGACGGUGCUCAUCAAUGGUGUGGAGGAUGAGUUGGCCUUGGCUCUGGAGCUCAGCAAGAGAGACAGCCUGCCCCCUAGCCAACCCUCACAGACUCCCAGGCAACACCUUCAGCAGCAGGCAGAGCGGGCAUUACCUGUGGAGCUCCAGACCCAUCCACACCGACCCGGCUCCGGCCCCCGGUCUAUGGCCCAGCGCUCCUUCAGCUCAGCCCCCUACUUCCACUACCCUGACGUCCCCAGGGAGGAAGAGGAUGAUGAUGAAGAUCUCCAGAUGGCCCUGGCCUACAGCCUGUCUGAGAUGGAGGCCCAGCAGAGAGCGUCGGCUUCAGCACCAGAUGUCAUCUCAGACUCACACUUCCAGGCCUUCACGGGCUGAUCUGAUUGGCCGUUGCCCAUCUGACCCCUGACCUCUGAGCCUGAGGUAAAGCCCAAACAAAACAGUCUCCUCCUCCAUCAUCAGCUCCUCCCACCUUCACUGUUGCGUCAUCCAACCCUUCAUCCCAUCCUGUCACCCCUAGAACACCACUAAACUCUGGGUCCCACCAGCAGCCCAUCUGCUUACUCUCCAAACCACGACCUACCCUGCGUUUUGCCCUCCGAUACUCACCGUAGUAGAAGACCUGAGUAAUAGACCUCUGGUUAUCACAAGAGAACAUAGAGGAUAUAGAAGAAAACGUACAACUGAUUUUUUUUGCUGUGUUUACAGUAGGCUGUAGGGAAGUUACUAUAACCUAUUCAAUAGGGAGAAUGAGUGAACCUUGGAGAGGGAGGCAGGAUGAACAGAUUGGGGGUAGAUGUCGGGGUUUGAUUACAGGAUAGCUAGUAGCUAGUUAACCGAGGAGGAACAGGAUAGCUAGUAGCUAGUUAAUCCAAGAUUGAACAGGAUAGCUAGUAGCUAGUUAACUGAGGAUGAACAGGAUAGCUAGUAACUAGUUAUCCCAAGAUGAACAGGAUAGCUAGUAACUAGUUAUCCCAAGAUGAACAGGAUAGCUAGUAGCUAGUUAACCGAGGAGGAACAGGAUAGCUAGUAGCUAGUUAACCAAGGUUGAACAGGAUAGCUAGUAGCUAGUUAACUGAGGAUGAACAGGAUAGCUAGUAGCUAGUUAACCAAGGUUGAACAGGAUAGCUAGUAACUAGUUAUCCCAAGAUUAACAGGAUAGCUAGUAACUAGUUAUCCCAAGAUUAACAGGAUAGCUACGAGCUAGUUAACCAAGAUGAACAAGAUAGCAAGUAGCUAGUUAACCGAGGAUGAACAGAUUGGGAUAGAUAUGUAUAGAUGUAGACUAGAGAGAGGUGUGCUGUAACUCCCAGCAGCCUUUGCUGUGGCUCUAAUGUUGCAUCCAUAUCCGUUUGCUCCCAACAGCUCAAAGGUCAAAUCUCCCAAUGGUGCACCUUGUCUCUCAGCCCGCCCCUUUCAGCUUACUGUUGUCUCUCAGCCCACCCCCCCUGGCGUACUGUACCAGCUGAUCAACACUUUUCAAAGUUUUAUUUGAAAAAGAAAAGUAAACUGACAAAAACAAAUGUAUGUACUUUGUAUGUGUGAGUGUGUGUGUGUGUGUGUGUACAUAGCUAAAUUAAAUAAAGACUCUUUGUAAAGUAUUUUCAACCAUAAGAAACUCAUCCACAUUAAAGCAUUUUAACGUGUCUUAUAAGAGAAGUGUCCUGGAAAGCAUUUUAAACCAGUUUCAAUACCAUGGAAAUGUAUGAUAAUAAAGUUAUCUAUAUAUGAAUUGAAAACUGAUCAAUUUGCCGCACA